AUGACUCCCACACAACUCCCAACAUCUCAAACGGUCCUGCUGCUUCAUGGUCCCAGGCAGCCGUACGAUGUUACAACGGGAUACCCCUUACCCGAACUGCAAAAUGGCCGUGAGAUUCUCGUCCAGACAGAGACGUUGGGAUUGAACCCAAUUGACUGGAAAGCACCGGACUUCAACUUUGGCAUCCCCGAGUUACCCUACAUUGCUGGUCGCGAGCUUGCGGGCCGAGUCGUGAAGACUUCACAUUCAACACAGAGAUUCAAAGUGGGCGAUCUCGUUCUCGUCAUCUCAACCGACUAUCGCGACCUUCGCAAGGCCGGCUUCCAACAAUACGUCGUAUCUUUCGACUUCAACACUGCCCGCAUCCCUCCCAAUAUUUGUUCACAAGCCGGGGCUACAAUAGGGGUUGCCUACGUAGCGGCCGUGUUAUCGCUGGGCAUCUGCAUGGGUGUCGACUUUUCCAGCGUCCUCGAUGGCCCCAACCUUCUACAAAUAGUACGGUCUAUCGAGCCAGAGGCCCUGCCCGAGGAUAUCAGGCGAGAAUGCCGUUCCGGAAUCGACUCACAUGAUAAAGCCGUGGCGGGAGACUGGAUAGCAAUAUGGGGUGGUAAAGUUGAUCUGUCCCAGUGCUCAUCCACCUCAGCCAACCUGGCCGUCCAACUAGCAAGGCUGGCAGGCCUCCGCGUCGUCACCAUCGUCGACAAAGCAAAGCACGGGCUGCGGUUAUCCAACCACCAACUCCUCAAGCCCGACCUCCUAGUCGACAGCCACGACCCCGACCGUGCCGUCGCAAUCAUCAAGGCCAAUGUCGGCAAGAAUCUCCGCUUUGCCCUCGACACGACGGGGCGGGAAUCCGCUCGGUCUCUCUUGGCGGCGCUCUGGAAACCGUACGGUGACGCGGUGCUGGAGGACGGUCGGGCCACGCCGCCUCCUAGUCCCCCUGAGACCCCGCGGGGGUCGACGUCGCUGUCGAGCCACCUGAUUGGGCUGACUGGCUUGCCCAAGGAGUCGGCGCCGAGUGGAGUGGUGUAUCACAAGGUUCCUAUCAAACUGUUCCACGAGGUACCCGCGGUUGGGGAGUCGUUGGUGUUGUGGUUGGAAAGGUUGCUGGAAAUGGGGAAGCUUACACCGCCUGAGAUCCUCGCAUCUGAGUCUGGGUUUGACGGAGUUAACAGGGCAUUAGACAGGAUGAGGAAGGGAGAUAUUAGGGGGGGUCGUAUGGUUGUGAAUCUGACAUAG